AUGAAAACAGAUAACAUUCAAUCCUAGAUGUAAGAUAGUCCAUAUAUUAUAAAUUAAAAAAAUGAAUUGAUCCCUUUAGAAACUCUUUCUUUGGGAAAUAAAUCUAUGUAGGACCAACCAACUUAAAUAUAACAAAAAGACUAAGUAAGUCAAUUCAAUGACUAAAGCUAAAGAUUUUAUGCUCAGAAGCAUGAUCAAGAAAUAAACCAUUAGACAGUACCAAAAAAUCCAAAGAAAAUUAUGUCAUCUUGGAAAGCAUCAUGGCACCAUAGGUUUAUACAAUACUGGCAAUCUAUAUUUAACAGAAGAAUUGUUUCCUUUUCUUGCUUUGCAUUAUAAAUUGGUGAUGUUUUUAUAUUCUCUGCUAUAGUUGCUUUUUGUUGCUUUGCCUGUAUUGAAGAUAAAUAAGCAAAAUCCUCUGGAAAUAUGGCUUCAAUUUUAAUGGCUGCAACUAUUGUAUUUGGAUGUCGCAAUGGUCUACUAAGCUACUUCUUUGGGUUGAGCUUAGAAAGAGCAUUAAUUUGGCAUUAGCUCCUUGCAUGGGCUACUCUUGUCGCCUCAUUAAAUCACUGGUUUCACUCAAAGCGCCUCCUAAGUGGAUAUAUUAUUUAAUUUCCUAUAAUUGCUUUUAUCUUUUUCUCCAUAAAGCCAGUUAGGAGAUAUUUGUGGGAGCUAUUUAUGAAAAUGCACUGGAUUCUAAUAAUUGUAUCAAUUUAUGGCUGCAUAGCUCAUAAAGUUAGUUAUGCGCUUUUUGCUUUUGGCUAUUUUAUCAUUGAUGUUUGCUAUAGAAUGUAUACAAUUUACAUGCUUAGUGAUGUGUCGAAAUAAAUCAAGUUAGAAAAAAUAGGAAAUAACAUAACAAAAAUUUCAAUGUCAAGUAAGAAUGUCAAUUAUAAGGGAGGAUAAUACUUUUUUUUAAUGAUUCCUAAAAUAAGCUAUCUAUAAUGGCAUCCUUUUUCAGUAUUUAGUGCUUCGUAUGAAGAUGAAGUAGUAUUCUAUGUUAAAUCUCUAGGAGACUGGACUAGAGAGCUCUAUAAAAUAGCAGGCGAGCAAGGAAAACCAACAAUCUUAAAAGGUUAUUUAGAUGGUCCUUAUGGCUACCAUUCUAUAGGAAUAGAAGGUGAUAAGUAUAAGCAUUUCUUAUGUAUAAGUGGAGGUAUUGGAGUGACUCCAAUUAUAAGCACUGCCAAAGAAAUUUUAAAAUAAAUGGAAAAAGGAAGACCUGUCAACAGCUUGCAUUUUAUUUGGACUGGAAGAGAUUCCGCUAUCGUAGAAAGUGUCUUAAAGCCAGACGAAUUAAGAUCUCUUUUAAACCAAGACGAUUCAAGCAUCUUAAAAAAUUUCUACCACUAUUCAGAUAAAGGCGACAAAAAAAUUGAAGAUAUUGAAAAGUAGGCAUAAUAGGAAUAAUAAUAGUUAGUCUAAUUAUCUAAAGGAAGGCCAGAAUUUACAAAAUAUUUUGAAUCUGCAUACAAUGCAGCAAAAGAAAGUGGCGAAAGCCUUGUCGCUGUACUCACAUGUGGUCCUCAAUAACUUAUUGAUACAGCUGAAAUAAAUUCAAUGAAAUGGUCAAAAUAAGGAAUUAGAUUUGACUGCCAUUAAGAAGUUUUUGACUUCUGA